UGGGGUUUCAUCACUUUCCCUUCUAUGACAAACAGAGAGGUAUAGUCUCUAAUUGGAGUCGAAAUCAAAGGAAAACCAGCGACGAAAUAAGGCGGAAGCCUGGGGGAAGAUCGACAACAAGCGACGAAAUACGGCGGAAUCUUGGGGGAAGGUCGACAACCAGCGGCGGAACCGGUUGGAGCUUCGACAACCAGUGGAGGUCUUCGGGAUUUCGAAGGCAAUGUUGAUGGGAGAGAGGGAGCCGCGGCUUGCAGCGGGAAGGCGCAAAAAAAAGUUGAUUGGCCCUGAAAUGCCAUCUUCUGAGUUACUAGUUGCAGCAGCCAGAUUAACAGAAGCUGAGGCUGUGCUGAGGGAUGCUAAGUUGGAGGAUGACACUAGUUUGUUUAUAGGCCCUCCACCUCUUGCUGUGGCUGCCGAAGUUGCAUCAGAAAGUGAGGCAGAAUGCUUUGAAGAGGUGACAAGAAUCAUGGAAGCUGAGGGUGAUAUUCCAUAUGAUGUGCUUGGAGUGAACUUGAAUAUGUCGGCUGAUUACAUGAAGAAAAGAUAUUGGAAGCUAUCUCUGUUGGUUCACCCAGAUAAAUGCUCCCAUCGACAAGCCCAUCAAGCAUUCGUCAAAUUAAAUUGGGCAUUUAAAGAUUUACAAGAUCCAGAUAAGAGAAAAGUGAUUGAUGAGAAAAUCAGAUUGAAGGAGGAGCAGGAGGAGUUCAAGGCAGAGUUAAAAGCAUGUUGUGAGGCUGCACAAUGGCGAAGAUUGCAAGGUAUAUUGAUGCCAGGUAAUGAUGAGCUUCUAGAAUUAACCAAACUACCCCAGAAAAGAGAGGAAUGGAUGAUGACGUUGCCACCUGAAAGGAAGCCAGGUAUGACUAUGCAUUCAACGUCAUCUUUUAGUAAGACUACUAAAGGACGUGGUGAUACUGGUGUUUGGACCGACACUCCUAUGGGCAGGGCCCAGCAAGCAAAAAUAAAUUACUUAGAGGCUUAUAAGGUUGCUGCACUCCCGUCAAUUGAAGAGAAGGAAAGAAAAACUUCAGACGCAGACCUUGUGGACCAAUACAAUCAAUCCAAACGCUCAAAAUCACUGGUACAGAAGCACCAAGAAGAGGCAGCCAGAAGUCGUUCCAGGAAAAAGAUAAAGAAGCAGCAAGCAGAUAAAGAAGAUUGGGUAGGGGAGCACCCAUGGAAACCUUGGGAUCGUGAGAAUGACCUAAUGUCUGGUAGACAGAAGGUUAAUUUAAAUUCAGAAAGUUUGAUGCAGGGUUUGGCUUCCCGGUUUUCUGUAGGAACAGUACAAAGAAGUUUUCUUUAAGUCAUGGCAGGUUGUCUUGUAGCUUGUACUUAAAUUUUUUUCACUUGAAUUCAAGCUGCUUGUAAUGAAAAUCAACAGGAGGAAGUAUGCUUGAGUCCAGCACCAAGAGAAUGAAAAAUCUAGUAGAAGACAAGAAAAGGUGUAUCAUAUGAACUCGGGCAUCCAAUUUAUUGUGAUUUCCUUCUCGGCUUUAACAGCAACUGCAGGUUCUGCAUUGAACCUAGAACCCUCCA